UAAAUGAAUUUCUGUUGCAUCGGUUGAUCUACUCUCCGUAGAGACAUGAAUCACCUUAAAAUAAGAAGCCAAUUCAAGUAUGUACAGCACAAAAUCGAAGCAAUAGACAAGGAGAGCUUCAGAUACAACUACAAUGUGAUAGAAGGUGAUGCCUUGAUGAACACCCUCGAGAAAAUCUCUUAUGAGACCAAGUUUGUGGCAGGUUCAGAUGGAGGAUCAAUCUGCAAGAGCAGCAGCAAGUAUCACGCCAUUGGUGACAUUGAGAUCAAGGAAGAAGAUAUCAAGGUCGGGAAAGAAAAGGCCUUGGGAUUGUUCAAAGCUGUUGAAGGAUACCUCCUGGCAAACCCUGACGCAUACAACUAAAGAAAUCAGCUUCUUAAUUAGUCUUUUGGCUUGUUUAAGAGCAUUUUGCUAUUUCUGUUAUUUCCCUUACGUUGAGGAGUGGAUGUUAUAUCAUUUUGAAAGAAAAUAUUAAUCAAAAUCACCAUUAUCU